AUGGAAGGAAGAUCAGAUUUUGUGGCGACUUCACAGUCCGGAAGUGAAAUGAGCCAUAGUGAAACUAGGAAUAGAACUGGGAUGAAUGCUAGGAAAAGGAAAUUCGCCUGUGUGGAAUGUCGUCAGCAGAAGUCGAAAUGUGAUGCUCACGAAAGAGCACCGGAGCCAUGCACUAAGUGUGCUAAAAAGAAUGUCCCAUGCAUUUUAAAACGAGAUUUCAGAAGAACUUAUAAAAGAGCAAGGAACGAAGCCAUUGAAAAAAGAUUCAAGGAACUCACCAGAACUUUGACAAAUUUAACUUCGGAUGAAAUUUUGAAGAAAAUUGAAGAGGAACAGGAAAUUGUUUUGGAUAACAGUAAUUUCACAAAAGAAAAAGUAAAACAACUCAGGAAGAGUGCUUUUGAGACGACAGAAAUAGAACCGAGAUCAUACAAAACACUUCGAGGAGAACCUAUUUCUUACAGUACCAACAGAAGACAUACGGAUUCUUCUCCUUUAACGCUCUUAAGCUCGUCGACAAACUUCGACCCUGUUCACUCAACAAACGUUAUGACAGAUGAUCAACUUAAGUGCUUGCCAAAAAGCCUGGGCGACGUAUAUUUGUCAAGCAGCGAUAUUGCUGAGCUGUUUCAAGAAUUUGCGACAAAAUAUCAUCAAUUUUUACCCGUCGUUGACCUUUCGAAAGGAGCAGAGCGAAUUUAUCACUUAUCUCCUUGCUUAUUCUGGGUCAUCCUGCUCAUUGGUUUAAGGCGGAAAUUUGGGGCUACAGACUUAAUGACUCGAUUAUCAGUGCUAGUAAAGUCAGUUUUAUCAGAAAUCACAAUAUCUCCAAUAAUUCGAUAUACUCCAUCAGAUAAGGACGAACCCGUUCUAAAUGUAGCAUCUGUAUAUUCCGUGCAAGCAUUUCUUUUAUACACGUUCUGGCCUCCCUUAACCUCUUCAUUAAGCGCCGACACUUCGUGGAAUACCAUAGGAACAGCGAUGUUCCAAGCGCUUCGGGUAGGACUAAAUUGUGCAGGUUUUUCAAAAGAGUAUGCUUCGGCAAAUUCAGAAUUAGUUAACGAGCAAAUACGAACUUGGAUUUGCUGCAAUGUUGUAUCUCAAACAGUUGCAUCAUCAUUUGGUUUCCCAGCUUAUGUUUCAUUUGAUUAUUUAGUAAUCAGCUCUAUUAGAGUACCAAAUUCAAAAAGCCAAGUAGAUAUACCCAAUGAACUAAGACAAAUGGCUCAAAUUGCUAGAUUUGAGAACCAAAUCGUAAACACAAUGAACUCCACCCCGGCGAGUGUUACUGGGAUGGUAAGUCAGGAAGAGAAGCAGCCCUUGUUACACGUUCUUAAUCAACAACUAAGUCAAUUGGAGAUUAGUCUUGAAGAAAAUAACCUAGAUGAUAUCCGAAAAUUUUUAUUACUAGUGGCCAAGGUUCACUUAUUAACCUAUUACUUCACUGAUGUUACCUCCCAAAGUGCUGGAAAAUCAAAUGGUAAUAUUUAUGAGGGAUCAUAUUCCAUUAUGGAACUCGAUACAAGUUUUGAAACGAAACGUGGAUUGGUGAAAGUUUAUAAUGCCGCCGUAAACUUUCUUAUACAUGCCAAUAGUAUGUGGGAACAUGAUCCUACCAUUAUUAAGUACUUUCCUGGUUUGUUUGUCUUGAAUAUAUGGCAAUCUGCCUGUAUUAUUAGUAAACUCAUACAUUCAUCACUUCAUUCAAUGCUAGAUGUUAACUCAGGCAAAAAAGCUUAUAACAACGCAAUUUCAUUGACGUUUAAUGCCUCAGUUUUAAAAUAUGAUAUGGCGUACAGAUCAUCCGGAAUAAUGCGAAGCAUAUGGAGUUUAUUUGCUAAUAUGUAUGAUGCCUGGAAAAACGACCAAAAGGAAGGUGGAGGUAGACUAAAUAAUGAUUUCAAUUUAGGCAUCACCAUAAAAUCUAGGAUGUCAGUAAACGUUUUUUUUGACUGCUUAUAUAUUCUAAAAGAGAAAUGUGGUAUGGCCAAAUUGGAGAGAGAGACCAAGGUUUCUACAGCUUACAAUGUUGAUGAAGAGGAAGAGGAAGAUGAAGAUGAGGAGGGAGAAGAAGAAGAAGAAGAAGAAGAACUAAGUAGUAAAGUUCCAGAAAAUAUGGAUAGCCAGCAACUAAGGACAAGGAAAUUCACCAAUGUAAGGCAUCCAGAAAAGAAAGCAAGAAAAAUAAUUGAAACAAUUCCGCUAGACCCAAAUCCAAUAAAUGCAGGCUCUACCAGCAGUGGAAGCUCAUUAACGACCCCAAAUAGUCAAGUAGCGAACACUAUAUCAUAUAGAGGAAUCCUCAAUAAAAUGUCACCUAGGGAACAACUGAAUCAUGCAAAUUUAGAUUCCAGUGUUUCUACAGACAUCAAGGACACUGAAGCUGUCAAUGAACCUCUGCCAAUAGGGAGGAAUGCUGAACAUCCGGCAAAUCAACCGCCUCUUUCAAUAACACAAAUGCAAGAAAACACACUACCUGCGACACAAGCCAACUCUUCUCUAUUAGAAACGUAUCCCAUUGUUCAAUCAAACCCCGUUACAACUACAAUCAAAGAAUCACCCAAUUCCAUCAUGGCAGGUUGGGAUAACUGGGAAUCUGAUAUGGUUUGGAGGGAUGUUGAUAUUUUAAUGAAUGAAUUUGCGUUCAAUCCCAAGGUUUAA